AACUAACCCACACCACAACUUUUCUGUAUAUUCCUUGAUGUUCAGUUCACUGUUGUUCAGUCUGAGUUUGGCCACAGGCGUGGAGAGGUGUUGUUAGCUUGCCAGCAGUCUUCUUAUUUAACUACUAGCUCGUGCAGACCACCAUGGUGAAGGUGACGGUGGAGUAUUGUGGGGGAUGAGGGUACCGACCCCGCUAUGAGGAGCUGGCCAGGGUUAUCAAGGCUAAGGUUCCUCAGGCGGAGGUUGCUGGCUUCGUUGGUCGCACAAGUUCUUUUGAAGUUACCGUGAACGACACCCUUGUCUUCUCCAAGCUUGAGCGUAAAGGUUUCCCUGACUUCAAUGAAAUUGUUGAUGCUGUGAUUGCCAUUGAAGGUGGUGGAAGUCCUAAAACCAUUCAGAAGGUGCAAAAAUCUAAUUGCAGCAUCUCUUAAAUCCAUCACAUGAGGAGCUGACUACAGGAAUGUACCAUUUGGAAAGGGUUGUGUUGGGCAAUGAUGCUUAAUGAAGGGAAUUGUUGAAACUUAGGACUUUUCUUGGAAAAAUAUUAGUAUUAUUGCUCAGCAUAAUUUUCCUCUUGCAUACGUCUUAUUAACAAAAUUCAUGACUAAUCAUUAUGAAAUAAAUUUCCAACAAUAAAUUUGAUGACUUUGUCGCUAUUAUGCCAUAAAAUAUUUUGAUUUGAAGUGUGUAAGUAACAGGGAAGAAUGUAAAAGGAUGUUAUUCUACAACAUUUUAUAACAAAGUUUUAUACCAUUUAAUGUCACCUUUAGCAGAAUAAAAAUAUCAUUAUCCAAA